CUUUUCCUUUUAUAUUUUUUUCAUUGUCGUGUGUGUGUGUGUGUGUGUUGAGAGCUUUACCAACUUCAAAACUUGGAGCUUUUCAUUUCAUUGAUGGCGUUCUCUCUCUUCAUCCCCAGCCAACCCUUCCCUUUGGUGCCAACCCUUCUUCUUCUCGUUCUCCUCCACGCUUCUCUCUUGGAACCCUCUCACGGCGCUAGAAUUUCCAAGGAUGCUUCAACUCGGCACCUGUUUGAGUCGAGGAACACUAAGCACCCCAACAAGUGUGGAGAGUUGGUGGCGCUGUCUCAGUGCUCGCAGAACUCAAAGUGCAGCUGGUGCACCAGUGAGGUCCUUGAUGACAUGUGUUUCACCAAAUCUGAGGCGUGGAGGUUGCCACAACAGGUUUACUCUUGCAGCUUGAUCCGGUGAGAUCCCAUUAUGUUUUGCUCCUAUUUGUCAUUGGGAUCUGUGCCUCCCAAAGCUGCCAUUUUUACUCUCAUUGUGUAUGAAAGAAAUCAUGAGUUGAUGUUGGAGGGGUCUUGUUGUAACUCUAAUUGUUGUUGUUUUGUUGAUUCGAUCUAUGAUUUGUUAGAUUGGAAUCAUGCUUAGGAUAGAGAUCACAGGAGAUGAAUACAUUUGAUCUUUUGUUGUGUAAUUUUGUCGUCUGACCUGAUGUUUUUUUUUGGCUUCAUUAUAAUGUAAAAAAAAACUUCGUACCCCA